CCAGGAAGGCGCUGCGCUCAAACCGGGCAGCCGCGGGCUGGGCCGGGCCGCGCCGCGCCGCGCCGCGCCGCUCAGUCUGUCCUGGAGAUUAGCGUGUGCUGCCAAGGCGAUAAAAGUCUAAAAAUGGGGCGUCGCUCAUCAGACACAGAGGAAGAGAACAGAAGCCGAAGAAAGAAGAAACAUCGCAGACGUUCAUCUUCAAGUAGCUCCUCAGACAGCAGAACAUAUACCCGUAAAAAGUCCGGAAGGAAGUCAAGGUCAAGGUCACGGUCUCGAGAUCUCCAGUCUCGUUCACAUUCUUAUGAGAAAAGACGCAGACAUAGAUCAAGCAGUAGUUCUUCAUAUGGUUCUAGAAGAAAACGCAGUCGUAGCCGAUCAAGGGGCAGAGGAAAAUCCUACAGGUCUCAAAGAUCAAGAUCAAAGAGUAGAACAAGAAGAUCACGAUCGAGACCUCGUCAACGUUCUCAUAGCCGAAGUAGUGAAAGAUCCGGUCAUAGGAGAACUCAUAGCGGGUCUCGCGAAAGAGAACGGCGUAAAGGCAGAGAGAAAGACAAAGUAAGAGAGAAAGAGAAAGGCAAAGGAAAAGAGAAGGAGAUAUAUGGCGCAAAGCUUGGGGACUCUGGAAACAUCAAAGCUGGAUUAGAACAUCUGACUCCCGCGGAGCAGGCCAAGGCGAGGCUGCAGCUGGUGCUGGAGGCGGCAGCUAAAGCAGAUGAAGCUUUAAAGGCUAAAGAGAGAAGUGAAGAAGAAGCAAAGAAAAGAAAGGAAGAAGACCAAACCACCCUAGUAGAGCAAGUCAAACGAGUAAAAGAAAUUGAAGCUAUUGAAAGUGACUCCUUUGUUCCACAGACAUUCAGAUCAAGUAAAGAAGUCAAAAAGACAACAGAACCUUCUGAACUAAAGUAUGAACCUGUAACUGUAGGAGUGGGAACUGCUGAUGCCCCUGCUACUGAAAAAGAAACAGCAACAACUGCCAGCAUUCCUACUGCUAUCAAAUAUCAAGAUGAUAAUUCUUUAGCACAUCCAAAUCUAUUUAUUGAGAAAGUGGAAGCAGAAGAAAAGUGGUUUCAGAGGUUGAUUGCGCUUCGGCAAGAAAGGCUCAUGGGCAGUCCAGUGGCCUGAGUGAACUGCUGUGAACAUCACACAGGAAUUCUCUGUGAUGCUAAGAAAUCCUACCACUAUAUUUCUCUUUUCAGGCGAUUUUAAUACUCAGCAAGUUGUACAGAGAAUAACUAUUUCAUCUGAAUAAACUAAAAUGGUCUGUCCUCUUUUUCUUUUCCCCCCUAAUUCAUUGCUGGGUUGCUUGUAUUGCUAAACUACCUGCUGUGGAAGGGAAGGCUAUCAUGGCAGUGUAAUUUGCUUUUUUUGUACUGAAUUUCUCUUGUGUGCAAAAGACUUGAUAGCCCAAUCAAAUACAUAUGUAUAAAUAUAUAUACAUAUAUGUCCAUGUAGAAAGGUAAGUGAAAAACUAAAACUGUCCAAGAAAGUUCAGAUUUACCAGUGCUGGUACAGGAGUGCAGAUGAUAGCUCCCCGGGCCGUUAGAUCUUUUGCAGCUGAGGAAGGAUUCAGGGCAAAUUAUAUUACUGUUCUCUUUCCUUCCUUCAUUUUUCUCCUUGCUGAGGGGACAUUCUAAACUGCUGCAUUCAUCUGCCUGCUCCAACCUUAUCCUGGUUCCUCACUUUGGCCUUGAGUAGAAAGAAACCUUUGUUUUAAAUUUGCUCAAACAUCUAUAUUCUACUGUUAGGAUACUGUAGAGUCAACAGAUAUAAUUAAAAAUCAUGUUAUUCUUUUAAACAAUUUUGUAUUAGUUUUCAGCAGGUUUCAGUAUUUUCUAGGUAUUUUUAAGAACAUUAAAAUGAUGAAUAUUCUGGAAAACCUAGCUUUCUAGGAACUCUCAAUGGCAAAAAGUAUAAAUAUUAUUGUGUGUAUCAGUAGGAACCUUUACUGAACAAGACUAGUGGCAUACCUAUUUCUAGGCAGAGUGACUGUUUUUAGGAUAUGAAGUUUCCAUUUGUUAAAAUGUGACUUUAAAGGAUGAGAUUAGUCAAAUCUAGGCUACUAUCCAGCUUUUCUCAUGUACUCCAAUUAGUAUAUUAAAAAAAAUCCACCUACUAUCCAACUAAUACUAGACACCAUCCGAAAAAAACCCAAAACCCAGAAGUAUUUCUUCUGAGGUGUCUGGCAAAUCUGUGGGAAAACUGUAACAUCAGUGAAAGAUUAAAAUAAACCUUACAGGUCUGGACAUACCUCAUUGAAAAUGACAUGCAUCAUCUUCCUGUUUGAAUGAAGAAAUUCAUUUUUUUUUUAAUGUUGCUUUUCUUUGUUCUCAGAUUUGUCGUGAAAAAAAAUGGAGGGUGGAGGAUUCUGGAAAUAUACUUUAAAUGAUCAUUUUAUUGCUUAGAUUAAUGCUGUGAAAGGAAAAUGUAUUAUAAAUAUGCUGAAAUGCAAGUUUAAUUUUUCUUUACGAACUGUUUUACUGAGUCCUGCUUUAAAAUAGGUGUUUAUAUUUCAAGACAAUUUUGUCUGCAACUAAAGGGGAAAAAAAAGUUUUAUUUCAGCAUUUUCAAAUGGGUACCAUUUGGAAAUCUUCUGUUUUCUAAUCUCCUUCUAUGUAUCUUUCAUAGCAAAUAAAAACUGUUUGAUCCUUGUAUAAGGUAAGGAUUAAAUUCCUCUUUUUCAAACACUA